AUGAGAAUUUACGUAAAGAACAAAGCUUCAAGAAUACCUGAAUGGAAAAUUUGGGGACUCUUAGUAUCCGCUUUGUGGGCUUUUGCGAACUUAGACAUUUCAGAUUGUUACUCUGAAAAAGGGAAAAAGAACAUGAAAUGGGGCACUGAUUUUUGUUUCUGGGCUUCAAAUUUUGGACAAAAAUGGCCGAGCUUUCACAGUGCUGCAAAGGAGCGGAAAAAGCCUUUUGUGGUGAGGACUGAGGAGGACGCCGUGGCGGCACUCGUCGCCGCUCAAAGACUUGCUCCGGACACGCUGAAGGCUGAUGCAGACAACAUCUUCAUAAUCGAUGUUGACCAAGACACGGCUGUUUGGUCUCUCUUACAAGCUGGAGCACUUGUUGGGGCAGCAGUAGUGUUAGCUGCGUUCUGCGUGAAGGGAAAAGAUGUCCACACGAUCAAGCUGAUAAACUCAGUUGUGGAUCUCAUCAAGAUCUUCAGCGAGUUCCGCUCGAGGCUAAAGCAGACGAAUGAAGCUGAAGAAGGGUAUGAGAGUUCGAGGGAUGCGAUAUUGUGUCAUCCUUUGUCUGUGGCUGAGUUACAAGGCCUGGAGUGGACAGAAAAUGGCCUAUGUCGGUCGAGCCUUAAAUGGAACAACUCGGGUGCAUAUCAAGUCAUCACAAUUUGUAUCUGGAAGAUUAGUACUCUCAAGUCUUUGGUUAAAUAUUUCAGAAUUUGUAGAUAUGUGUUUAAUACUUUUAUCUGCUGUAUCGAUAUCCCAACGAAUGAUCUAUCGACUAUCAUCAUGGACCCUUUAGCGGUAGCUAAAAUUUGCACGCGUGAAUUGAAAACAAUGGUUCGCUGCAGAGAUGGUAAGAGCUUCACGUAUAACACCCAUAUCAACAUUGCAGUUGUAGUAGCCAUUGAUGGUGGGUUGAUUACACCAGUUCUUCAAGAUGCUGACAAGCUUCAACCUAAUGAGUACACUACAGGCACGUUUACUCUGUCUAACCUUGGAAUGUUUGGUGUAGACCGUUUUGAUGCUAUCUUGCCACCACGAACUGGUGCAAUUAUGGCUGUUGGUUCUUCUCAACCUACUCUUGUUGGUACUAAGGAUGGCCGAAUUGGAUUGAAAACUCAAAUGCAGGUAAAUGUUACUGCAGAUCAUCGCGUGAUAUACGGUGCUGAUCUGGCAGCAUUCUUGCAAACCUUGUCUAAGAUAAUUGAGGAUCCAAAGGAUUUGACUCUUUAA